UACGGACCGCUUGAUUCAGAUGAACAAAACAUAGCAAAACACACGGAAGUAAAGCCCACCGAUUUGGCCACAAAUCUGCAGUCUGUGGGCAUUUUAAAGGCGGCGCCCGUCAGUAUAUACAUAAAGCUGCAUGGUGCUUUUAUGAUAAUCGCAUGGUUGGGAUGCGUCAGUAUUUCCAUACUAAUGGCUCGCCAUUACAAGAAUUCAUGGCCUGAUUCUACGCUCUGUGGCGUUAAACUCUGGUUUGCGUAUCACCGGGCGAUUAUGGUCACGGGUGUGGUCGCAAUAAUUAUUGCAACGGUCUUAAUAUUUGUCGAGAAGAAGGGCUGGAGUGGACCGUCUCCGCACGCAAUUAUUGGCUUGACUGCAAUCAUACUAUCAUUACUGCAACCAAUCGGCGCUCUCUUCAGACCCGGUCCCGACUCUCCGAAGAGAUGGCUGUUUAAUUGGCUUCACUGGUCGGGCGGUUAUAUCGGACACGUCCUGUCGUGUAAUCGCGGCGAUAUGUUUAACAUCAAAUCAUUCUUAUGGGUAGUCAUCGCUUUUGUUGUCUGUUAUGUUAGUCUUCAUAUUCUUCAUCACUUGAAGACUUUGUUGACUGAUAACGACCACAAGGAAAUCAAUCAAAGCUAUCUUGUGUUAGACUUGGGAGACGAGUGAUAGAUACACUUCAAGUGCUGCUAACCAUCGCUAUUAUCAUAGCAUUUGUAAUCGCGCUCUUAAUACUCUUUUUAUUGUGAGUGAAAAACUAAUUAUAAAAAAUAUUGUCAAUUGGUUGUCAUUUAUGCGUUAAAUUGCUUUUCCCCAGAAAAACAAUUUAUUUAUCACAUAAUGAGC